AUGCUCCGUUAUCACUGUUCAGUGCGCGGACUGGGUUACACCCUAGAGCUAGAUCUCAGAAUUCAUGAGCAACUCAUACAUGAGACGAUCCACGAUGCCCGAGUGAUUCAUCCAGGCCCUUUGGCCCGUCGAAAAGAACCACCAGUACACAUGCGCAAACGACAUGAGAGUACUGGAAACGCCACUCCCAAGAACUCGGUUCAACUGAAUCAAAGAUCGGCCGGCGAUGUAGUCGAGGUGCAGAAAGAUCAAGAGAGGUUUGAAAAGGAGUCUGAACACCAAGCAUUGAUCCCAACAGAUGGUCAUGCACCUUCCUCCUACGAUCACUCUCACCCUCUUACCUCAGCCCCAGGAAUUAAAUCAUCUUUCAUUCUAUCACGCAGCAAGCCAGUCAACUCAUCUUCAACAGAUGAUCUUCCCUCUUUGCCUACAUAUAGCGCUACAGAAGGGGAUAUCUUUCAUGACGCAAGGGAAAAGUUAACGGGUCUCAUUCAAGAGGGAAUGACUCUUGAUCAAGAGAUAAUGACUCUCAAUCAAGAGCUAAUGACUCUCAACCAGGACACGCUGAGUAAUAUCUCAGCACUAGGUGAUUCCGAUUUAAAAAAACAACUUUCUUCGAGGAGCCAAAACACUACGCGAAGUACUGCCACCAUAGAAAUCGGGUCACCUGCCUUUUACCCAGUAGAUUCGGAAAGCUGGGAAACAUGCCAAAACAACCCUUGCUUCUUAUCAGAAAAUUCCCAGGCUUCCCUGAAAAUGAGCUCUCCGGAAGAUUCAUUGGACUCUGACAUGUUUUCGAUAUCUGACUGUUCAGACAAUUUCGAGACAAAUGAGUGCGAAGGAAUGUUACAUUCAACGGUCAAUAAAGUCGCUGAUCAACUAUAUGCUGAGUUUUGGACUUGCGCCCAGAACCAAUCAUCUCCAGGUAAUAAAGAGCAAAACACUGUUCCGGCUUUCAAAACAACCACGUCUGCUCAUAGUAGGAGCGCUUUGUCAUCUGGUCAAAAAAGGAAGUUGACACGUGAUGACGAAGAUGGCACAGGUGAAGACGAUUCCCGACCGCCACGCCUGAAGAGAGGAAACUUUAGUUUAGACGCGCAGGACCAGAAAACAUUCGCGUGUCCUUAUUGGAAGAAGGACGCAACCACACAUAGUGCAUGUAGUGGAUUUGAAUUGAAAAGGAUUCGGGACGUCAAAUUACAUCUCUGUAGAAAGCACACGCCUAAAUUCUAUUGCCAGCGGUGCCAAUCAAUUACUUCCCCGAAUGAGGAGAGUUUGCAAUCGCAUGUUUUCGGAGGAAAUUGCGCUCCAAGAAAACGUAUCUUAGGAAGCUGGGUUUCACACGAACAGCGCAAUGAACUACACAAGAAGUCGAAGUCAAAUACCAGUGUAGAAGAUCAAUGGUAUAGAAUUUGGGAAGUGCUAUUCCCAGGACUCAAGAGACCUAGCUCGGUCUAUGUGGACAGUGAUCUUGCUAUACGAGUGCGACACUUUCAUCAAUAUUGUGCGCGGCAAGCCCCUAUCACAAUAACGGAAGUGAUGGAGUCCGACCCCGCUUGGCUAAACUGCGAUAUCACUGAAGAACAGCGUCGGGAUAUUAUGCGUAGAUCCAUCGCUGAAGGCAUCAACAACCUAUUUCGAGACUGGCUCUCAGAUAGCUCUUCGUCUUCAAGAAGCCCAGAACGAGAAAGUGAAGGGAGGAUGUAUGAUUCGCGGUUUGAAACACCGGAAAGUUCAAAUGUUGAUAGUGGUAAUGAAAUAGGAUUUCAACCAUCUUCAAGUGAGCCAAUCGCCCAAAGGGGCCACUUGUCUCCUCCUAUCGGUAGUUCAGUAGAGAAUUUCGGUUUCCAGCCAGUGGCAGGGGAUGUUACCGCAGGAACACUUGAUCUGCAAUCGGACCUGAUGACUACAGCUACAAUACCCACACAGGCUGCGCCACCUUCUUCGUUUGGCUCUAUGGAUGGAUGGCAAGAGGAUGGUUGA